UUUCCAGCACCGGAAGAUCAGGUAUACCUCAGUCGCACUCCUGAGUUAGGUGAAGCUGCUCCAGCUGAAGUACAAGAAGUUGAAACAUUUAAAUUUGCCGUAACCCCUGAUUUGGAUUUGCAAAGUCUUACUGCAGUAGUAACUAUGCCGUCUGGUAAAACAGAUACUGCUCAAAUACAGGACAAUCAUGAUGGUACAGUUUCUGUGAUGUAUAGACCUGCACAGUUCGGGCAACAUCAACUAGCAAUACAGCACAAUGGUGUCAAUAUUACUGGAAGUCCAAUGUCAUUCUUUGUCGAUAACUUCAAUGGUGGAGCUGUAACAUUAUAUGGUCCUGGCCUUUCUCGUGCUAUUGUAGGUGAACCUGCUGCCUUCACUGUUUGCAGUAAAGGUCGAAGCCAAGAACUAUCAGUGGCAGUUGAAGGAACUGCAAAAGCUACAAUUAAAUGCCAUGACAACAAGGAUGGAACAUGCUCAGUUGCUUGGGUUCCGCCUGUACCCGGCGAGUACAAAAUUCACGUUAAGUUGGGCGGCAAGCCGGUCAAAAACUCGCCUUUUACUGCCUUUGUUGCUGGUGAGGGGUUAAAACGUGCCCAUCUUUCUAUUGGAUCUACGUCUGAGGUGUCUUUGAAUGUUUCCGCUCCUGAGUUAAAGGGUCUUUCUGCAUCAAUUAAAAGUCCAGCUGGUAUAGAAGAACCAUGCUAUAUUCGUCAGAUUGAUGCUACGCAUAUUGGUGUUUCAUUUACGCCUCGUGAAGCAGGCGAUCACUGGAUAACAGUAAAGCGAAACGGAACAGUAAUUCCAAAAGCUCCAUUUAAGAUAAAGGUUGAUAAAAGUCAAGUUGGUGAUGCUUCAAAAGUCAUUGUUACUGGAAAGGGUCGUGCAGAAGCCGUCUGUCAACAAUUUAACGACAUAACUAUUGAUACACGUAAUGCAGGCUACGGAGGUUUAUCGGUAUCUAUCGAAGGUCCAUCAAAAUGCGAACUUAACUGCAAGGAAGCGAAAAAUGGACUUAUAGAUGUUUCUUAUCGACCUACAGAACCUGGAAUUUAUAUACUUUCCGUCAAAUUUGCUGAUCUUCACGUUGAAGAUAGUCCAUUCACGGUGAACUGCACGGGUAAAGGUAUUGGAGCUGUUAAGCAAGAAAUCACAAAGACCGUUUCGCAGGCACCACUGAUAAUGCCUGGUCAGGAUGGCAUUUUGUUCCUACAGCUGCCAAAUACGUCGCCAAUGGAGAUGACCGCCAAAGUUAUGAACCCGAAGGGUGUUAGUGAGGAUAUCGAAAUGAGAGAUAUGGGCGACAAUUUCUAUCAAAUAAAACUGAAACCAGAAAUGGAAGGAUCACAUGCAAUUUCGGUUAUGCAUAAAGACCAGCAUCUUAAUGGAAGUCCACUUCCUUUCACUGUUGGACCAUUUACCGAGACGGGAGCUCAUAGAGUGCGCGCCACAGGUGUUGGUUUAUUCCGCGCCGAAACCAACUAUAAACAGACCUUUAAUAUCUAUACGCGAGAGGCAGGAAAAGGAACUUUGGCAGUUGCUAUUGAAGGGCCGUCAAAGGCAGAAAUGGAAUUCAAAGAUCAUAGAGAUGGCAACUGUCAUGUGGAUUACAAAGUCACAGUACCUGGAAUCUAUGUAAUCAGCACGAGAUUUAAUGGCGAUCAUAUUCCGGAUUCACCAUUUAAAGUAUUUGUUGCUCCAGCUACUGGUGAAGCUCGUCGCUUGGAGCUUGCAUCAUUCCCCGAUUCAUGUAUGCCAGAAAAGGCAUGUACUUUUACUGUUUUAACGCAUAGAGCUGCUGGUCAUUUAGAAGCAAAAGUACACACUCCAUCAAACAACACAGAAACGAUUGAUAUCGUUCCGAUUGAAGAAGGCGAAUCAUACGCUUUACGCUUCAUUCCACAUGAGACGGGUAACUACUAUAUAGAUGUAACUUUGGAUGGAGCUCCAAUGCGAGAUUCACCUUUCCGCUUACGUGUUGGUUCUCGCGAAGAAAAUGAUCCAACUGCAAUAACAGUUAGCGGUGAUGGUAUACGUAGAGGUGAAACUGGAAAGAAAUGCGAGUUUGUCAUCAAUACGUGCAAUGCAGGUUCAGGAUUACUUCAAGUGCAAAUUGACGGUCCCUCAAAGGUUACUUUGGAUGCUUAUGAGCUAGAACUUGGCUACAAAGUAAGGUAUAUGGCUUUAGUUCCUGGACCAUAUUAUGCAGCGAUCAAGUAUUCAGGUGUUCAUAUACCUGGUUCACCAUUUAAAAUUAUGGUAACUGGUAGCGAACUUGGUAACACAGAAGCUGAUAGUAUUGACGCCUUAGCUAAAACUAGCAAAGGAACGGUUGCACAAGUUCCAGUUUUCACUGGUGAUGCUAGUAAAGUAGUUGUUAAAGGUGCAGGCCUAAACAAGUUCUUCCCAGGGCGACCAGCAAUAUUCAACAUUGAAACUGGAUUAGCCGGUAUAAAUCUAUUGUUUGUUGGAGUUGUAACUACAAAAGGUCCCUGCGAAGAAGUAACUGUUAAGCAUACUGGCGGAGGUAACUUCCUCGUACAGUAUCGAAUUCAGGAUCGUGUCAAAGGCUUUAUUUUUGUUAAGUAUGGUGAAGAAGAGGUUCCCGGUUCACCAUUUGCAAUAUCAUAUUGA